AUGAAGCUCCUCAGUCUCUUCUCCCUCAUCGCCUUUUCCAGCGCUGCGCCCCUGGCCGAGAUCACAAAGAGAGACGAAGAAGCUACCUGUGGUACGGCGCACUACUCUCCUGCGGCUGUUGACAAGGCGUCUGCCGCUGCGUGCUCGUAUGUGCAGACGGGGGAGACGGCGGGCGGCUCGACGUAUCCGCACCGGUAUAGGAACUUUGAGGGGUUUCGCUUCAAUGGGCUUGAGGAGCCGUUUUAUGAGUUUCCCAUUUUAUCUUCGGGGAAGACUUACGCUGGCGGGCGUCCUGGACCGGAUCGUGUUGUGAUUGACGGCCAGUGUGAGAUUGCUGGUGUUAUUACUCAUACUGGUGCGAAUGGGAAUGAGUUUGUUGCGUGUGAGGGGACUUCCAGGUGA